AGGAAGAAGAGGAAGAAGAAGAAGAAGAAGAAGAAGAAGAAGAAGAAGAAGAAGAGGCAGCAUGGGCGAUUUUGAUAACUGGCCCGAGAUAGAGAGAGCCGCGAAAGAGAAAAGACGUGAGCUCGUCUUGCACGGCGCAGGGGUCGACGAGAGGAUAUCCUCCGAUGGCGGGCUGAGUCCGUCCAUUUAUUCCCUAACGCUGCUCAAUUAUCUCGAGAUUUGCCAGUGUCCGCACUUGACCGAAAUCCACGCGGAAAUCAAAAACCUAAACAACCUCCAGAGCCUGAUUCUCUGCCGGAACAGGCUAGCGUCCGUCCCUACAGUUAUCGGGAGUCUGAAGUCCCUGAAGGUCCUGGACCUGUCUGUCAACGACCUGAGCACGCUGCCGGAGGAAAUCACGCAGCUGGGGGAGCUCAACACGCUGAACGUCAGCUGUAACAACCUCCAGUCACUGCCGGAGGGACUGAGUCGGUGUACCAAGCUCUUCGCCAUCAACAUCUCCAAGAACGGCAUCAAAAGGUUCCCCCCCGACUUCUUCUCGGACCGCCUGGAUCUCCUCAGCACCGUCAUUGCCUCGGACAACUCCGUCGAGGAGCUGAGUGGCGACGUCCACAAGCUUGCCGCACUUAAGAUUUUGGAUCUCUCCAACAACAAGCUGAGUGAGAUUCCCUCAGAUCUGAGCGACUGUUCCAAGCUAAGAGAGAUCAACUUCAAAGGCAACAAGUUAAAAGACAGGCGUCUGGAAAAGAUGGUCAACAGCUGCCAGGCCAAGUCAAUUCUGGACUACCUUCGAGCUGGCAGCAGAGGGAAAGGGAAAGGAAAACAAGAAGAUGGAGGUAGCGUGGAAGGCGGCGGAGUCGCAGACAAGAAGAAAAGACAGCAGAGGAAGAAGAAGGUGGUGGAGGACGAGGUAGAGGAAUUGGCCAAGAUGACAGUAAAAGUUCUUCAUUUUUCUGACAGCCCCAGGGACAUCACCGUCAAAGUAGCAGCUGAAUUGAAGGAUGUGCGUCCAUACUUGGUCUGCUGUGUGGUCCGUGGAAUGAACCUGAGGCCUGGCAAUGCCCUCAAGAGGUUCCUAAUGGUGCAGACCAAGCUUCAUGACGACUUGUGUGGUAGAAGGACCACAGCAACCAUCGCAACCCAUGACAUGGAGCUUCUCAAAGGUCCCUUGGUGUAUGACGCUAGGCCACCUAGUCAGUUGAAGAUAGUGCCACUAGGUCGUAAGGAGAUGACCGCCAUUGAGCUGAUGAGGCAGUUACAACUGGAGGCAGAGGAACAGAGGAAGCAGAAGAAGAGGCAAAACGUCUCAGGACUCCACAAAUACCUGCAGCUUCUGGAUGGGAAGGCGCUCUACCCCUGUCUGGUGGAUGCAGAUGGUCAUGUGGUCUCCUUUCCACCAAUCACCAACAGUGAGAAAACCAAGAUCCGGAAGACGACCAAGGAGUUGUUCCUUGAGGUGACGAGCUCAACCAGUCUGCAAACCUGCAAAGAUGUGAUGGAUGCGCUCAUCGUAAAAAUGGUGGAGUUGAACAAGCUUACGGUAGACCAAGGGGAGGAGGCCGGGUCAGAUGAGGAAGGGGCCGCUCUUCCCGAGCCAGACGCCGGUGGCGUGACCUCAGGGGAACUGACCCUCCUGCAGGUUCGCACCGUCGACCAAGACGGUAACCUUAAGGUGGUCUACCCGUCGAAGACCGACCUGUCUGAAGACACGACCAAACUGACCGUCGUCUGGUAGCCGCGCCGCCAGCCUCCAGAGGAAAGAUAGGGAUGAUUCAUGUUAACAAAUGGAUGCAGCUAAUUUAUCUUCAGUUUGAAAGAAAUGCAAAUAUCACUAAACAAAACAUCUGGUAAAGCAGAAGGCAAUGUUAAUUUUUGAGAAAACAGCUAAUAACUUUUUAUUCAUAUGACAUGCGGUUAUUCAUGCCUGCCAAGUAGAGUAAGUUGCUCAGUUAUACGGAUGACAACAUUAAUCUCUGUCCAUUUUAAUAUUUUAUGAGCAGGGACAUUUUCCUAAAUGACUCCUAAAAAUAAACUUAAUUCUAAAG